AUGGGCACUAAGAGGGCAGGUGAUGCGGGGAUCCCGUCGCCUGCGAAGAAGGCGGCGGCCGCGGCGGCCUCGCCAGCCGCUGCCUUUGGCGCGCCGCCCGCCGCUGCCUCUGGCGCGCCGCCCGCCGCUGCCUCUGGCGCGCCGCCCGCCGCUGCCUCUGGCGCGCCGCCGGCCCUGCGCAUCGCAGACGGACCAGUCGAUGCAGCAGGGUCACUGAAGCACCACGUCGACCAUAGUUUGCUCAGCUUCCUGGGGCAGCGCAAGCGCGAGGUGUCCUUCGCGGUGCCCGCCAAGUGUUCUUUCAUUCCGCCGUUGGCCAUCACUGAUGCUGCAAACCUCAGUUCGUUUCGCGAGGUCAUGGACGACGACAACCUGGUUGCGAGCUUCUCCCGCACCAAGGAGUACGAGGCAGCGGGGGCGGGGUGGAUGUUGGACCCGAUUUGCUCGGACAUCGACGACGUCAGCGCGAGCCAGCUCGAGGGCGCCGUGGGCGUGCGGUCGGAGGAAGCGCAUUCCCUCUCCCCCAAGCACGCGGCCUCGCGGCGCCUCUCCUUCGACGCGCCUAUCCCCGCCAUGGUGGUCGACGUCAAGGUCGCCCAGCGGUUUGAGCCUAACAGGCCUGGAGUUUGCGUGACAGAGGCCCUGGCCGUGCUCGCGGGGCGCGCGGUGGUCAUCGCGUGGCGUGCUGCUAUGAGCGAGGCGCUCCAGCAGUCCAACGAAGACCGCGUGUGGCAUCUGUUCAACGCCGCGUUGUCCGUGCCCAUCAGGAUGCGUUUGCUGCCUGAUGGCGACGCGACCCACUUGGCCGCUCUGGCAUUUUCAGAGAAGAUGUUCUCUGCGUAUGCUGCCUCUGGCGCUGAGUCCUUCUGGCGCGUGGAGAAUUGUUUCGCCAAACAGGAACCAGUGUCGAAGCUGGAGGCUGCGCUGAAGGCCUACGGCCUCCAGUUCAAAGGAAAAGCGUGCACCGCUGCAACCGCCGCGGCGCUGAAAGGUCUGUGCACGUUCGCCCUCGAUGGUGCCUGCAGUUCGGCUUUCAAGCUGGUCGAAGUGCAUUUUCCAGAGCUUCGCGACCCUACGCUUCUCAUGAGCAUCGGCUUCGCCUGCUCCACGAGGGGUGGUUCUGACGCCGAGGCCAGGGAAUUGCUCGUUUUCAUCGUGAACAGUUUGUGCGUGGCCCGCUUGGCGGGCGACGUCCCGAAGGGCGAGGAACCGGUCGUGAGCCGGAUCGUUGGGCGCGAUAGGAAGACGCCAGGGACCCCCCGCGCGCUCUUCAAGAAAAAAGAGUUCGUCGAGUACAUCUUCCACGAGGCGCUUCUCAUGAACAAGGAAGUGGGGGGCGACGUGGCGGUAUUUAAGACGCCUCUCCACAUCCCCCAGAAGUUCGCCGCCUCUGGCGCGAAUGGGCCCGUGGCUUCGCGCCGCGCGUCCGACUCAGGCGGCGGCGCCGACGGGGUGGAGACGUUGUUUGCGCCCCCCGUGGCUGGGCAUCGGAACGCCGUGGAUGUCAAGACGACGGCGAUGAUCGACCUUGCCCAGCAGGAGUUGCAGAACAGCACCACUGGGUUCGUCUGGCACACGUACCUCGCCGAGACCAGCCAGGGCGUUGACGCCAAGUACCGCGCCUUCGUGGCCGCGUGCACGGGUGGGCCCAUCACCGCCAACCCCGAUGAGGAUGCAAAUCUCGGCUUGUCGGGGAUCUCCGAGCUCGGGGGCGAGCAAAGGGCGGAGCUCCAGAAGCUCCAGGAGCAGCUCAAGCAGCUCCGCAGGACAACUGUGAAGUUCGUCAGUUUGCCGUCUGUCGGCGGUGCCUCUGGCGCGGAGUACGCAGCGGCGCAGAUGCAAAGCUUGUGGGGUGCGCUCAGCCUCGGGCACCGCUUCGGGAGGAAGAAGAACGACGUUCGCGCGUUCAUCCUCUCAGCGGACUCGUUCCCGCCCAGCGUCGUCAAGCAAGGCGCCAAGGCGAGGGUGAACGAGCAGGUGGCGUGUGGCGGGGCGAAUUUCAAGCGCGCCAUCGAGUUCUUCUUGCAGAAGAGGCAGGAGGAUGAUGCCCUCAUCUUCCUCGACGGCAGGGGCCGCGCGAACCGCAGGGUAAUUGAGUCCUUCGAUGCGAAGUUGGAGUCAGGAGGCACCCGCGCGCACGUCAGGUGCUGGUUCGUGCGCGAGCAACCAGCGAAGAAGGUGGGCCCGCGGUCCGCGGCCAGGGCGUCGAGCUACACGAAGAACAACAGGGGGGCGGCCAUUUUCUCGAUGCCACUCGAGGGCCCGCCGCGGAAAGUGCUGCACCGUGCGGAGUUCAACGCGUGCGGCGAGUCCUCGACCGCAGACGCGUCACACAGCGGUGUCCCCGAGCUUUUCCACGACCGCAUACACGUCAACGCGCGCGGCAUCCUCGACCGCAUACGCGUUAUCGACCGGCGUUUCUCCGAGCUCCUUCGCAUGGACCACGAGACGAGGAUGAGCACCUUGGGAGCUGCAUCUUGCGCUGGCGUUGACGGGAAGCAACCGCGCCUGCAGGGGGGCGUGAAGCCGCUCAGCUUGUGGCAGGCUCUCGUGGAGAACCACAAAGCGCCCCACGUCGUGGACUUCACUCCAGGUUCUGGCGCUUUGGCUGUUGCCGCCCCUGGCGCAAUUGAGUGCGAAGGCAUCGCUGCCAACGAUGCGCGCCGGGACUGGCUCGAUUCCAUCGUGCACAGGUGCGCGAUGCACAAGGCGGGCCACGAGGAGGAGUACGCGGAGCAAUUGGGCGGCGACGCCGAGUUCGCCGAGAAAGCCAGCAAGUAUUUCAGCGGAGCCAUGAUGGAGGCGAAACGUCUGUGGAUGCCAGCGGCCGGGGACGGCGAGGACGAGGAGGAGGGGGGUGGCGCGAGCUCGGACGACGAGUAG